GACUAAAUACACUAUACAGUCACGUUUCUGCUAUUUGCUGACGUGAACAUAGUAACGAACUACUACCCGGAUGAUACAAGGUCUAAAAUAACUUUUUAUCCUCAUAAUAAUAUAUCUAUCAGGAACAAUACCAAUCCUGAUGAAGAAUUUGUGAGUGUCACUUUCAUGAAGGAACUGUUAGACCAACAGAAACUAUACUACAAGGACCUUUUAGACAGACAGGAACAGAACUUUCGAUCUUUCGUGCAAAUAAGUACUGACUCUACUAACCAAAGAAUGGACAACCUAGUGCGAGAAAUGCAGGAUUUGAAAUCCAGCUUACAGUUUUCCCAAGAUGAACUGAAAGAUCUGAAGGCCGACAAGGAUAGCAAUUUGAAGAAGAUAAAGCAGUUAGAACAGGAUAUUGCAUCGCGCAACGACGACGUGUCCACAGGUCUCACCGAAAAACUAGAUUACAUCGAAAACCAAUCAAGACGAAAUAAUCUGAUCUUUGAUGGCAUCAAAGAAGAGAAAGGGGAAACGUGGGAGCAAGCUGAGAUGAAAGUUAAGGACGUGAUCAAGAAGAAGCUGCACAUAAACCCAGUCCAUAUUGAGAUUGAGAGGGCACACAGAAAUGGAAAGCCAGGAGAGAGGCCACGUCCAAUCGUCGCAAAGUUCCUCCGCUAUAAGGACAAACAAACCAUCCUCGGGAAAGCCAAAAUGCUGAAAGGGACUUCAAUCUAUGUGAAUGAAGACUUCUCCGAUAGAGUUAGAAGGAAGAGAAAGGAGCUCCAGCCGGCUCUACGUGCAGCUAGAGAGAGAGGACAGUUAGCUUACAUUAGGUUUGACAAAUGAGUCAUCUCAGACCGCACACGCGAGUCUGCUGGCAUUUGAAAAACUUAGAACAAGAACAGAAUGUACGUAAUGCAACGUAUAGGGUCAGUUCAGACAGUAUCAGAACUGAACUUUCUUUGUUUUAAUCUGCUAGGUAAGCUCUUGUUUGUGUGUAAUUGUCUCAAACCAUGGAUUCUGACUCGUGCCCAGUGCUAUCUAAC